AUGGCGUUCGAAUUCCUCCCUUUCCUGUCUGCCGUAUUUGGCUGGAUCUACUUCCUCUGCUGGUCCGGGUCCUUUUAUCCGCAGCCUCUUCUUAACUUCACAAGAAAAACCACGGCUGGCACGACAGUCGACUUUCCUCUCAUCAAUUGCCUCGGCUUUCUGGCAUACCUCGUCUCUAACUCCUGCCUCUACUAUUCUCCCGUCGUCCGCUCCCAGUACGCCGCACGCAACCAUGGCCUUACCCCGACCGUCGCCUUCAACGAUAUCACCUUCGCCGCUCACGCCCUUCUCCUCUCCUGCAUCACAACCAGCCAGUAUCUUCCAAGUCUCUGGGGGUUCUCCCCUGCCGCGGGCACCAAGCCCAGCCGCUUCAUCACGGGCAUCGCAUUUGGUUGCGUCGUGGGCGUUAUCCUCGUCGCAUUCAUCGUCGCCGGGGCCCCUAGCGACGGUGACCCGCGGACGAGCUGGUGUGCUCUCGAUGUGGUGUAUGCCAUCUCUUACGUCAAGCUGGUUAUCACGUUGAUCAAGUAUACCCCGCAAGUCAUCACCAACUACAGAAACAAGUCGACCAAGGGUUGGUCGAUUUGGCAGAUUCUGCUUGACUUCUCUGGUGGCCUGUUGUCCUGCGCCCAGCAGGCCAUCGACUCGUAUUUGCAGGGCGACUGGUCCGGCAUCACUGGUAACCCCGUCAAGUUCGCCCUGGGCAACGUGUCCAUGGUUUACGACCUAGUUUUCAUGACUCAACACUAUAUACUGUACCGCGGCUCAGAUGGUAAGGCCGAGGAGAGGGAUUCCCUUCUUCGUGCAGACGAUGAAGAACACCAACGACUAGACUAG